AUGAAAUCAUUUGUUUGCUUCAUCUACAUUAUUGUGGCUAUUUCAAUGGCCACCGCUACAACAGUGGGUUCGUCUUCCUCCGGCAGCAGUUCCCUAAGCAGCAGCAGCGAUACUAAACAGGAUGUUGAAAGUGAUUUAAAACCUCAACUCACUUCGCAGUUAAGCAACGAGUACAAUCGUUUUAGAAAGUCGGCCGGUUAUGGUGGUUCUGGUGGUGGUUAUGGUGCAGCUAGUAUACCAGCUCCUCCCUGCCCCAAGAAUUACUUGUUCAGUUGUCAACCUAAUCUAGCUCCAGUACCCUGUGCCGCUCCAGCUCCCGCUUAUGGUUCUGCCGGUGGUUAUUCAGCUCCAGUACCCACCUACAUCGCUCCUCUAGGCAAUAACUAUGGUGUACCACAAGGUUAUAAUGGUUUUGUACCCCAGACAUUCAAUCAAUUCUAUCAAUAUUAA